UUUAUAGUUUCAGGGAUUUAAAUGCAGCGAAUCUAUAUUUUCAUAGUUUUAUUUGUUGUUGUAUUUUUCUUGGAGUCGAUUGGAGCAAGUUACAUUUACACAGCAUUGCAAAGCAUUGAACGACAGUUUCAAAUGUCAUCGGGCAUCUCAGGUUUACUUGUUUCUGCCACUGAAUGUGGAUAUAUACCGUGCGUCGUUAUCAUGUCUUAUUUUGGUUCAAAAGGAAACCGAAGCCGUUGGAUUGGCGGUGGGGUGUUAUUGAUGUCAAUUACAUAUCUAAUGCUGGGGACACCAAACUUUUUAUUUCCCACAAGGCAGCAAAAAACCAAUGGCUUGAAUAUAUCAGAAAGUCUUAGACCUACGCCUUCGCAACUCUUGCCAAACUCUACAUUGAAAGACUUAUUGUCAUAUCCGCUAAUGGAAGAUCAAUUACCAAGUUCUACGUAUCAGUUCCUAUUGAACUUGACCGAUGACAAAACACCUAUUGAACAAACUCAAACGGAACCAACGGAGCAAGGUUCAAAUCCAAAUGUGACUUUUGGUAUAGACGGAUAUCUCAUGAAGGGAAUUUUGAUAGAAGCAGACAAUUUGGUGAAAAAUAACUACAGCCAGAAUAGUAUCAAACAGCUUCUCUCCAUGUUUAUACACAGAAGAGUGAAUCGUUCAAUCGAUGACAUUCAGAAAAUGAAAACGAAAGCUGUUGUCCCUUUUACAGUAUGCGGAAAACUGACCAAUUUUUUGAGGGCUUCUAUAGAAAAUUCCAAAUGCAGAGCAGGAUCAUCAAACAUUUGGCCAUUCCUUGUCUUUUUCGUCUCAUUGUUCUUUCUCGGAGUUGGAAGGACUAUACCUUGGAAUCUUGGAAUCCCUUUACUGGAUGAUAAUAUUAAGAAAAAACACCUUCCAAUGUAUUUUGGAGCAAUUGCUUCUAUCAGAGUACUCGGUCCCAUUUGUGGAUAUCUAAUCGGCAGUUUUUCCAAUCAAUUCUAUUACACUCUUCAAGCACCCAGCGGUCUGACUCCAGUAAAUCAAGGAUGGAUUGGGGCCUGGUGGUUGGGAUUUUUGCUUAUUGGGGCUCUUAGUAUGUUCCCUUCAUUAUUGCUGUUUUUCUUUCCACAAGGAAAAAAUUCUACUUUACAAUUGCGUGAAAUCCGCGAGAACAAAAAUGGAAGAGCUUCUGAAUCAAAACCUAUCAAAAUGAAAAUCAAAGAGUUUGUUAUAUCCUGUAAAUCAGUGUUGGGAACUAAAAUUUUUACGGGUUGUUUGUUGGGAAGGGUUUGUGACAUUUUCGCGUUCAAAGGCUACGUCGUGUUUUUACCGAAAUAUCUGGAAACUCAAUUUGGAAUUCCUCAAUACUUAGUACAUCGUUAUAUGUCAAUGUUUGGAGUUUUCGGAUUUGGACUAGGAAUUGCUCUCGGUGGAUUUAUUACAAAAAAGUUCCGACUCACUGGACGCCAAACUGCUUUAUUGAUGAUGAUUGUGUCUGUUUUAAAUAUAACCGUGUAUUCAUCAAAAAUAUUUAUUGGGUGUAAUUUAAUUGUCAAUUCAAUUGGCUUAAACAGUAGGGAACUAAAUUACAAUUUUACAAAUGAGUGCAAUUCACAAUGUUCAUGUGAAAAUGCUCAUUUAUAUCCAGUUUGCAGUGCUGAUGGAACGGCUUACUUUUCCCCGUGUCAUGCUGGGUGUCGUGAAGCUACUCAAUUUGGAUCUGACCCCGUUAUCGGUUUCGCAUCAUGUGAAUGUGUUGAAAGUGGUGUCGUGAGCAAAAGCUUUUGUCAGAACAAAUGUCAAUUCAGUUCCAUUCUGUUUUUGGCAACUGUUCUUCUAGGGUCUUUUGUGGCGGGUGUAGCGGUCGUUCCAGAUAUGCUGAUUCUGUUAAGAUCAGUUGAUGUUGGGAGUCGUUCACUGUCUAUGGGUCUUCAGGGAAUGGCAAUUUCACUUUUCGGUACUCUCCCAUCGUCCAUUAUUUGGGGAUUAGUCAUCGAUACCGCUUGUCGUGUAUGGGAUAAGACAUGCAACGGGGCCAAUGGGUCAUGCUCAAUUUAUGAUUCCGAUCACCUUCGAAUCUGGAUGCAUUUGUUGUAUGUGGGAGUUCGUUUUAUCUCCCUACUCAGUGAUAUUUACGUAUGGAAAAAUGCCGGAAAUUUGAAAAUUAUGGAUGAUCCUGUUGCUGACAAUAUCGAAGCUCUUUCAAACCCAGAUAAAAUAUGAUUGACUUCCACUCGAAUGAACUUUAAUCAGUUGCUGAAGACACAAAAAGCCAGUAGUUGUGUAAUUUUACAACACUUACAUAUAUUCAAUCCGUUUGUUUAUAUAUUGUUAAUUUACAUGACUUCCCCAUACAUUUCAUAUAAAUUCUAAGUGAAUUUGCAAAUUUCUUUACUCAUUUUUUGAAUGCAUGUAAAAAAUUCGAAUAGUAAAAAAAAGGUGUCAAAUAAUCGUAUUUUAUCCAUAUAAAUUUAUAUUUCAUUAA